UACUAGAUCUUUUCAAACUGAAUCAUAACUCAAAAAUGUUAAAUUUAUCCAUUGAAGAAGACGAUUUCCUCACACGCAGAUGCGUUUGGGUAAACGGACCGGUCAUCGUCGGCGCCGGACCAGCUGGUCUCGCCGUCGGAGCUUGUCUCCGGGAAGAAGGAGUCCCAUUUGUAAUACUAGAAAGAGAAGAUUGUAUUGCAUCACUCUGGCAAAGAAGAACAUACGACAGACUCAAACUUCAUCUUCCUAAACAAUUCUGUCAACUCCCUAAAUUCCCUUUCCCCGAUCAAUUCCCAGAAUACCCGACUAAGAAACAAUUCAUUAAUUACUUAGAAUCAUACGCUAAGAAAUUCGAACUCAACCCUCAAUUCAACGAAUGUGUUCAAUCUGCUAAAUUUGAUCAGGCUUGCCGGCUUUGGCGGGUGAAGACGAAGCUGGCCGGAGGAGGAGAAGUGGAGUAUAUUUGUCAGUGGUUGGUGGUGGCGACAGGGGAGAAUGCAGAGUGCGUUGUGCCGGAGAUUGAAGGGUUGAAGGAAUUCGGCGGUGAAGUUAUUCAUGCUUCUGAGUAUAGGUCCGGCGAAAAGUUCGCCGGAAAACGUGUACUUGUAGUGGGUUGUGGUAAUUCCGGCAUGGAAGUGUCACUUGAUCUAUGUAAUCAUAAUGCAAUUCCUUCCAUGGUUGUACGAAGCUCGGUUCACAUUCUACCGAGAGAAAUCAUGGGGAAAUCCACGUUCGAAUUAGCGAGUCUUAUGAUUAAAUGGCUGCCGUUAUGGCUUGUUGACAAGAUCUUGCUGGUUUUAACAUGGAUGAUUCUGGGGAAGACAGAGAAAUGGGGUUUGAGGAGGCCAAAAAUGGGACCUUUAGAGCUUAAGAACACAAAGGGGAAGACCCCUGUUCUUGAUAUCGGAGCUCUGGAGAAAAUCAGAUCAGGCGACGUGAAAAUCGUGGGUGGAAUCAAGAGAUUCCUUCCUGGGAUGGUGGAGCUUGUUAAUGGCGAUAUGAUUAAGAUCGAUUCAGUUGUUCUUGCAACUGGGUAUAGGAGCAAUGUUCCUUAUUGGCUUCAGGAAAGUGAGUUAUUUUCAAAGGAUGGGUUUCCAAAGAAUCCAUUUCCAUGUGGGUGGAAAGGGGGAGUUGGUGUUUAUGCAGCUGGAUUUACAAGAAGAGGUCUCGCCGGAGUAUCGUUGGACGCCGUUAAGAUUGCCGGCGACAUUGGGAAACUCUGGAAAGAAGAUUUGUACCAAAAGCAACAAAGAACUCCCCGCCAUGGCCGAUGUAUUUCUCAGCUAUAG